AUGUCUGCACUACAGGUGACUCUCUCCCCCAGCCCUCCUACCACUCAACCCAUUACUCUCCCCAUCAAUAUCGCCAUCCACAAUCCAACUACCAACCCGAUCACCUUUCUCAACUGGGGCACUCCCUUUGACCCUCGCGCCGAUCUACUGGGCGUCUUCCAAAUCAACGAUACAAACACCGAUACCUCGCUUCCACUGGAUACCAUCAAGAUCUCGCGAGCCCUGCCUCCAUCCAAAGACGACCUCGUCGAGGUCCCUGCCGAAAGCUCUGUCGAAAAAACAGUGGCAGUGCCCAAUGUGCCCCUCGAGGAGGGUCACGAGUAUGCGGUUCAGGCAAAGGGGAUCUGGCACGGGCUGUGGGAGUGUCGCAAGGACGACGUGGCGGACUCGCAUCUGAAGGACCUCAAAGGUGCACAGGGGAAGUUUGAGUCUGAGAAGGCUGUGUUUAAGUUCUAG